UAUUUUUUAAAGUAAAGAGGAGUAUUAUGGCUCUUUUUUUAAUGAUAAUUUAUAGGAAGAGCAGUAAAAUUAAAUAAAAGAUAAAGUUCAUUUAAAAUAGCUGCUUACAAUUAUGAGCAAAAAAAAGUUAGAAAACAUGUUGCCAAUAAGAAAAGAAAUGGUUUUAUGUGAAAAAAAUUGUUACCAAGCUGUUGAUUUUAAUAAUAUAACUGAGGAUACCGCAGAGGAGUUGAGAGAAUGUAAAGUUAAAUGCAAAGCUCCUCUUGAUGAUGUCAUUAAAUAUUUAGAUAGUAUUAAUUAUCUUUCUGAAAAUAAAAUGAAAAUGUGUACAAAAAGCUGCAAAAAAAAAGUUGAAUAAGAAAAAGGUAGCACUUUAGGAGUUUAUGAUGAGUGUUUAUGGAUUUGCUAUAAUAAAUUAGACAGAAGAUAUAAGGAAUACUGGAGAAAUUUAAAGAAUGACGUAAUAAAAAAGCACUUUUCUAAAACAUUUGAAGAGAUGGAAGUCUAACACUCUACUACUUAAGCUUAGAAAUGAUAUAAAAAUAAUUCUAUUCAAAUCAAAUCAAUAUAUUUUUUCAGAUAAUCAUAAUUGAGCUAUUUA